AUGAGCCAACCAUAUUUGAGUUGGGGAUCAGAUGUUCCUGAAUGUGAUGCACCUAUUGUAGCUCCGCGAGUAUGUAAGGACCUUGAUGAGUUAAACUCUGUUGUGCAGCAGUUGAGGAAUGAGGUUGCAAUAUUGCACCGUGAGAAGGGUCAGCUAGAGGAGAGAGUUUUACACUUGGAAAAGUGUACCAGUCAUGCAGACGCGAGGAAGAAUGGGGAUGCUGGAGAGAAGAUGAAUAAGACUGAGGAUGCUGGAGAGGAGAGGAAUAAGACUGAGGAUGAUGGAGAGGAGAGUCAGAAGACUGAGGAUGCUGGAGAGGAGAGUGAUAAAAUUAAGGAUGGUAGAGUAGCCGAAUUUAAAGAGCAGUGUGUACAAAGUGCUAAAGAAGAGGUGCAAUAUACACCCCCGGAUAUAAAUUGGGAUGAUCCGGGUGUGGUGUGUGUCACCCUUGUUAAAUUUCUUACGAAUCCUACUCGAAAGAUUGACAUGUCCACUGCUGAAGGUGAAUGUGGUGAAGAUGUUAUAGUUGGGGUCCGGCAAAAGAGGGGUCGGGGAAAGAGUGAGAUUCUUAGCCCUGCGAUGAAGAGGCGAAAGGCUGUGGUGAGGGAAACUUCAUGGACAGGUCGGGAGAUUCCCAAUAUUUCGAAGGACACAAUUGCUGACCCCCUAAGGCCUGUUCCUCGUGAUUCCCUUUUGGAGUUUGCGAAAUUCUGCUGGGAAUGGGGACAAGAAGAAAAUUCACAUGUGCGGUUAUGUGGAGAAGACAGUACGGAAGGUUCGUAUAACUUCUUUGUUCGAUUGCUAACCAAGGAUGGUUGGUUGGAUGACUCAAAAUGUGCUGCCUUGGAUUACAAGCAAAUGAAGGCGUAUGUGGGACAGGAGUACAGGCAGCACAGCAAGGGUCUACUGGGAAUGGUCAGGGGCGAAGGGCCUAAGUUGGCUAAAUCAUGGUCGUCUGUGAAUCGCGUUUGUUUGCCCUUCAACCUAUAA